AUGAUAGGCACAAAAGCCAUCACAGACCCGAGCACCACCCUGGGCCUUGCACAGCAGCACACUGGAGUCGGCGAUGUCACAGUGAAAACCCCCUUUUAUCAGGUGUCCCGCUGUGGGCCUGUUUUUUGGACCAGAUGCUGCCACUCUAGGUGGCCCUCCCUCACCGGGUCUUCUUGUAGCCGCCUGCUCUACGUCCUUCUCCAUUUGGGGGCCUCAGCAAUUUGCUGCCUCCUGCUGUCUAGGACAGUGGUAGAAAGGCUCUGGGGCAAAGCACAUGGGAUCCAGAUGCCCUCAGUGCUGUGUGCCCACCUAUUUGGCAACUUGGACUGUCCAGUGCUCAGUGGCUCUGGGGCUGUGUAUCGAGUAUGUGCAGGAACGGCCACUUUCCACCUGGUGCAGGCUGUGCUGCUCCUCCGCCUCCACUCCCCCACCAGCCCUCGUGCACAGCUGCACAACAGCUUCUGGAGCUUCAAGCUGCUGCUCCUGUUAGGUCUCUGUACUGUUGCCCUCUGCAUCCCUGAUGAGCAUCUCUUCCCAGCCUGGCAUUAUAUUGGCAUCUGUGGAGGCUUCACAUUCAUCCUAUUACAGCUGGUGCUUAUCACAGCCUUUGCCCACUUGUGGAACAAGAACUGGCAAACUGGAGCAGCACAAGACUGUCGCUGGUUCCUAGCUGUGCUGCUGGCUACCCUAGGACUCUACAUUAUGGCAGGUGCAGGAGCUGCGCUACUGUUCCACUACUACACACACCCUGGUGGCUGCCUGCUCAACAAGCUGUUACUCAGCCUGCACCUUUGCUUCUGUGGCCUCCUCUCGGCCCUUUCCAUCGCACCUUGCAUCCACCUCAAGCACCCAAGCUCGGGCCUUCUGCAAGCCUCCAUCAUCAGCUGCUAUAUCAUGUACCUGACCUUCUCUGCACUGUCCAGCCGUCCCCCAGACACAAUAACCUUUCAAGGACAGAACCACACCUUGUGCCUGCCUGGCCAGAAUAAACUGGAACCACAGAUACCAGACACUUCAGUAGUAGUGUUGAGUGCUGGCAUCAUGUACGCUUGUGUGCUUUUUGCUUGCAAUGAGGCUUCCUACUUGGCUGAGUUAUUUGGACCCUUGUGGAUCGUCAAAGUUUACAAUUACGAGUUCCAGAAGCCCUCACUCUGUGUCUGCUGCCCCCCAACAGUGGAACCAGAGGAUGGACAGAGCAGCAGAGCCAGGCCAGCUGACCAAGCGAGCCCUGCAGCCGCUCAGGAGCAGGGCCAGCACCUGCCCUACAGCUAUUCAGCCUUCCACUUUGCCUUCUUCCUCGCUUCACUCUACGUCAUGGUUACCCUUACCAACUGGUUCAGCUAUGAGGGAGCAGAACUGGAGAAGACCUUCACUAAAGGUAGCUGGGCUACCUUCUGGGUCAAAGUUGCCUCCUGCUGGGCCUGUGUACUCCUCUAUCUGGGGCUGCUCCUGGCACCGCUGCUGGCUCCCCACGCAGAAUCACCACCACCCUGGUGUCUCCAGGCAACACUGCCAUCCAGUCAGUACUGA